AGAGAGAGAGAGAGAGAGAGAGAGAGAGAGAGACGGAGACAGUGGAGUGGAGUUUAACGGACGAGGGCGAGGGAAACGGCGGAAUGAAAUUGGUCGGGAACACCACGUUAAUGGAAUCCGAAGAAAGCAAUGAUGGUGGAACCACCACUGGCGACGGCGGAGGAGGGGCCGUCGUGGUGGUGGGAGUGAGGUUGGAUUCCCAAAGCAGAGAGUUGUUCACAUGGGCGUUAGCUAAGGUCGCUCGGUCUGGCGAUCGAGUUUUCGCUCUUCACGUCCUCGAUCCCAAGACAGAAAAGAGCAAGGAGACGCUUCUCUCUCUUGUGAAGACGUUUGAUUCUGUGCUGGCCGCUUAUGAAGGUUUCUGCAACUUAAAACAGGUGCUUUUGUAUAAUUCGUUGAAUUCCCUGUUAGAUUGUAGGUAAAAUGUAGGAAAUAAUAGCAUUUUUCAUGCUUUUUUUUGAAAAUCAAAAGAUUCACCAUAUCGAAGGUUUCUGCAAAUCGCAUACAUGCUUCACCCUGCCUGUAUGGAAUUUUUGCGGAUUUUCCUUAACUUUUUGUUUUUUUUCAUAAGGACAGCAAUGUUGUUUCUCACGGAAUAUUAGACAACUAGGAAAUAACAAAGUAAUAAAAGUUAGAUAGCGGAAAUGAGAAUGUUAAAAUGGAUUUGUAGAAAAAUUAGAAAGGAUAAAAUAUGAAAUGACCAUAUUAGAGAAAUGGUAGGAAUAACUUCAAUUAAGGAUAAGUUAAAAAAUAAUAGAUUAACAUGGUUUGUUCAUGUUCUACGUAGGCCGAUAGAGGCACCUAUUUGAAAUGGUACUAGAAAUAGGGUAAGAUUUAAAUUAACAUCGAAUGAAAUAAUAAAAAAAAUUAUGAAAAUAUUUAACUUAAAUGAGCGUAUAACGCAUGAUCGAAAUGAAUGGCGAAGACGGACUCAUAUAGCCGACUCUAAAUAAUUUGGACAUAAGGCUUAGUUUGGUUUUGUUUUGUUUAGUUUUUUUUCUUUUUUUCCAAUUGCUUGAAUUUUCUGUUUGGUGACUAAGAUAUGUACCUUCCGGGAAAGGGAAAAAAAAAGAUUAAGAUAUGCAGGGAAGUUAUAUGUUAAUGUUUUGAGAUAUUGAUUGUCUUCCUUCGAUAUGGACAGAACAUCACCAGAACAUUUGAUGGAGAAAGAGAGAGGAUUUUAUGCUCUGACAAAAUACAGCAUAUUAAUGGAAUUCUGAUUUGAAUAUAUAGUUUUGGAAGCCAAAAUAAUCGUCAAAUGAUUCAAUCCUAAUUUUGUUUUCUUCCAUUUUUUAUGAUUGUCAGGAACUACAGAGGGGUCACUUUAGGAUUAUCACUACUGAUGUUACGGCUGCUGUUGAUGUAAUUACUUUAAUAAAAUUAAUUUGUUGAAUUUGUCUAGGUUGACCUCAAGCUAAAGAUCUGCAGAGGAUCACCAGUUAGUAAAAUUCUAGUCCAUGAAGCGAAAUCUUUUGGUACAGCAAGUUUAAUUGUUGGAACUUCAAGGAUUCAUCACACAAUGCAAUCAUCUGUGUCGGUCGCAAAAUACUGUGUGAAGCAUCUCUCAAAGAAUUUUUCUGUUGUUGCAGUUGAUAAUGGUAAAAUUGUUUUCCAAAGGGAAGCAACUACAUCCAUUGUCCCUGAUUCUCAAGUUUUUGUUGUAGAAGACGAUGAUUGGAAGAAGAAUCGUGUUCCUUCAAGUCAUGGGUUACUGAGCAAGAUCCCAAAAUCCAAUAGGAGGAAAAUCUUAAAGAAAAUUUCUUUGUGCUCAGCACCGAAGACUGUCUUGCCUGAAGAUUCUUGUAACCCAAAAUCAUUGUCGCGUUGUGGCAUUGAGAACAACUCAAUGGCUUUGGUGCCAAUUAAGAGUCAACAAUUGUCCAAAUCAAAGCGUGGGUGGGAAUUGCUUCGCCGGUUUUUUUUAAAGACCCAAAAAACAUCCAAACAAACUUCUGUAAAGAAGAUCCCUUUAAUGCAAUUGGUACUAAAACUUCCAAGCCGGCAAUCUUUGGUAGCUGUUUACCCAGAUCAGAAGCAAAGUAUUCCUGAAAAGAAUAGAUGUCAUUCUUCUAGUAUGGAUGGAGAGAAGGAAGUGAUUGUUCAGUCUGGGUCUGAUGCUACCUCUCUGCCUUCUUAUCCAGCCUACUGCCUAAAUAGUGUUCCUGAGGAAUUGGAGGGUUUUUGUGAGUUGUACUCCUCAAUUUUCAGACUGUUUAGCUACCAGGAACUUCUGUUGGCAACUUCUAACUUUAUGCCUGAUAAUAUGAUUGGAAAAGGUGGUAGCAGUCAGGUCUAUAGAGGGUGUUUUCCAGAUGGCAAGGAAGUGGCAGUGAAAAUCUUGAAGCCUUCGGAGGAUGUGUUAAAGCAGUUUUUUUCAGAGAUUGAGAUCCUUACAGCUUUACAGCACAAGAACGUAAUCUCACUAUUUGGUUUUUGUUUCGAGGAUAACAAUCUUCUCUUGGUUUAUGACUUCCUAUCCAGAGGCAGCUUAGAAGAGAAUCUCCAUGGUAACCAGGAGAAUGGAAACAUAUUUGGUUGGGAACACAGAUAUAAGGUGGCUUUGGGUGUUGCUGAGGCAUUGGAUUAUCUACACAAUGGAGCUCCUCAGCCCAUCCUUCACAGGGAUGUGAAAUCUUCCAAUAUUCUUCUUUUGGAUGAUUUUGAGCCACUGCUGUCUGAUUUUGGACUUGCCAUGCCAGCUUCGAGUUCUUCAUGCCAUGUGGAUUGCACGGAUGUUGCAGGAACUUUUGGUUACUUGGCUCCAGAAUAUUUUAUGCAUGGCAAAAUGAACGAGAAAAUUGAUGUCUACGCUUUCGGUGUUGUACUUCUAGAGCUUUUGUCUGGUAGAAAGCCAAUUGACAAUGGAAAUCCUAAAGGCCAGGAAUGCCUGGUUAUGUGGGCAGAGCCAAUUUUAAAGGGCAAGAAGGUUUCCCAGCUGUUAGAUCCAAGCUUUGGGGGUGAUUAUGACCAUGAUCAAUUGGAAAAAAUGGUUUUAGCUGCCAGCCUUUGCAUCAAACGUGCACCUCAAUUGAGGCCGCAGAUUAGCCUUGUUUUAAAGCUCCUCCUGGGUGAAACAGAAAUAACCACGUGGGCAAGACAACAUGUCGAUGUCUCACACGAUGUUGAUGCCGAACAGUCUCCAACAAACAUGCAAUCUUUUAUUAACCUUGCACUGCUAAAUGUAGAGGACGACUCACUUUCCGUUAGCAGUACUGAGCAAAGCAUCUCUUUAGAGGAUUACUUGAAAGGUAGAUGGAGUCGCUCGUCAAGCUUUGCUUAGCUAUUUUUCAGGUGGAUUGCCACUGAGCAACUAGAUGCUGUUCUAGGUGAUUUUGGUGCAUAUACCAUUCGUUGUUUUUCUGAAUUUAUUAGUUUUCUUUUCCAUAUCACAUGGGUCUUGGAUGAGAGGUUUGCAACGACCUCCUCCUUGGCGUAGUUUUUUGACAGUCCACAUUUUCUUCGGACUGUUUUUGUCUUUGUGGAUGAUUUUCAUCUUCAAUUUCUUAUGCAAUUGCAAAUUUGUGUGUGAAAUGCUAUGGAAGUUGUCUUACAAUGAGCAUGACGAACAACUGCUCCGUAAUUGUAAUAUAUAGAAAGCGAGUUAUUGUAUGUGAAAUUCGCAUUUAGUUUUCUACAGAUC